ACUCUACUUCUUCUAACAUAAGCGCCUGGACUUAUCAUUACUGGUCAUCUCUGCCAUACUUUCAGACUUAUAUCAUCGGUAUUCUCAUGGGUUAUGCUAUCCGUCGGCACCCGAAGGCAUACUUAGGCGGACGGAUAGGAGAGGCGAUCAUAUCUUUGGUCACAUUUUCGAUGACAUUUGGGAUCUGUUGGUGGAAUAAAGACUUUAUGCACUUUAGUUAUAGAUAUACACGACUUAAUGGAUACGAACAACACUUAUAUCUAUUGAUUCAUAAAGUGUUUUAUUUAUCGGGAUUUUGUUGGCUUUUCUACGCCUGUGCCACCGGUAGAGCCGAAAUAAUAAAUAAAAUAAUGGGUUGGAAGGGAUUUAAUGUAAUCAAUAAUUUGGCGCUUGAAAUAUAUAUCUUACAUAUUUAUCGAGUUCUAUCUCCGACUUUA